AUGAUCGAAUAUAUUCGUAUGCGCGCAAUGACUAUUCAAGCUAAGAUAGCUGGUAACGGGUAUGAAGAAAUGUGUUAUUACCCGCAAGAAGACGAUCUUAGUUCAACAUCAGUAGCUAAAACACCUCGUCCCGGUACAUCAUUUCAAAGAGUCACCAAAACGUCACAAAAUGUACAGGAUGGUAUACCCGUAACAGCUAGAAUCAAAUCUAGAGCCGGUACAAGUAGAGCACGUGCUAGCACUGCACGAUCUGCCUUACGUACCGCAUCACGAGCUUCCCGCGCUGCCACGGCCCUCGCUGGCGGCACUGCAUUUGCUUUAGAUGCACCAGUUACUCUGAGGUUCUUAAACAAAGACGAUAAACUUUUUGCACCAGCUGCGAAAACUUUAUUCGAAUAUAUCUACUACUGCGAAGGCAACGUGCGAAAGGCUAUGGAGGUCGCUUUCCAAGCUCAAAAAGCAGAUGAUAAUGUAGAUUGGUGGUGGAAUUUUUCUCUUGCACGUUGUUACGAGACUCUUGGCAUGUUCAGAAAUGUAGAAGAAAGUUUGCGACAAGCGCUCAAAAUGAAUAAACACAUUUCUAUAUAUUUAAGACUAAUUGCUAUGUACGUUAGCCUAAAUCAGCCACUAUCAGCUGUUGAAAUUUGCAAGCAAGGUCUUGUAGUAUUUCAUGAAUGUACUCCGUUAUUGUUAGAACAAGCUCGCAUACACGAGCAAUUAGGCAACUUUGCUGUCGCAGUAAACUAUUAUCGAAUGGUUGCUACUAAAGACCCUACAAAUAUGGAAGCAAUAUCUAAUAUUGCUAUGUAUAAUUUUUAUAAUGAUCAACCAGAAAUAGCUUUAAGAUAUUACAGGAGGCUGUUAGCAAUGAGUCCCCCUGGUGCUGAAAUAUACAAUAACAUGGGGCUUUGUUGUCUCUACUGUAACCAAUGGGAUCUUACGCUGCCUUGUUUUAGACAAGCUCUGUAUUUUGCCUCUAGUCCAGACACUCGUUCAGACAUCUGGUUUAACUUAGCACAUGUUGCACUGUCGACAGGCGACAUGACACUGGCUCGAAGGUGUCUUCUAGCGAGUGUAGCAAUCUAUGAACAUGGACCCGCUCGCCGGGCGUUGCAGGCAAUGGAUAUGCGGCUACGUGCAAGGAAUAUAAAAAUC